UUCACCAUCUCUCUCUUUCUGUCUCUCUCUCUCUAUCUCUUCGAUGCGUGUUUUUAUUUUUCUUCUUCUCUCUCCUCUCAUCUCAGUGCUGUAAAUUGCUGCUUCGUAAUUUUAGCGAAGACAAAGAAACGCAGAGACAGACACAAAGAUAUAGAUAUACUUAUAGAUACAUAGAUACAGACAACAUAGGUGGAGUCCUAUGCUGGGGGACUCAUCGUCGGCUGUAUUGGGUGGCGGGGGAGGAGGAGGAGGCGGCGGUGGCGGUGGUAACUCUUCUGAUGCAGUGGCGCCGACAGUUGUGGCUGCAGCAGCAGGAACGACGUCUUCCCAUGACGGUGGCGAGUCGACAGCAGCGGCCGCGGCCGCAACAGCAGCUGGAUCGAAUUCCGGCGAGGAAGAUGUGAGGGGAAGAGGAGAAGAAGGUGACCGGAGCUUCGGCGGCAACCGGUGGCCCCGGCAAGAGACUUUGGCGCUCUUAAAAAUGCGUUCGGACAUGGACGUGGCGUUUCGAGAUGCUAGCGUUAAAGGUCCUCUCUGGGAAGAAGUUUCCAGAAAAAUGGCAGAGCUUGGGUAUCACAGAAGCGCCAAGAAAUGUAAAGAGAAAUUUGAGAACUUGUAUAAGUACCAUAAGAGAACAAAAGACGGCCGAACUGGGAAAUCUGAAGGCAAAACGUAUCGUUUCUUUGAACAGUUAGAAGCUCUUGAUCAUCAAAACCAUCCUCCUCCUCCUCCUCCCCCCUCACGGCGGCCACCGCAAGCUCCGCCGUCGCAGUUAUUAGCAAUACCUGCAACACCAGUUUCAGUGGUGGCGACGAUGCCGUUACCGUCCACAAAUGUUAAUAAUCCUCCUCCACCUCCUCAUCAUCAUCUCUCUACUGUUCCAUCAACGAUCACACCUCAACCCUGUAAUAAUGUUCUCACUCCUCCACCUAUCAACCUCACUUCUUCCACCAUUAAUAAUCCUCCUCCCUACAAUAUUUUCCCCAGGCCGCCGCCGCCGCCGUCUACAUCAACAGCAAACCCUAUCCAAUCUUCUUUCCCGACCGACUUGUUGUCCAAUUCUCCGUCUUCGUCGACCUCCUCCGAUGAGUCCAUAGAGCGGCGGCAACGGCGGAAGCGGAAGUGGAAGGACUUCUUUGGAAGGCUGACGAAGAAGGUUAUAGAGAAGCAAGAGGCAAUGCAGAAGAGACUAUUGGAAGCCAUUGAGAAGCGAGAACAUGAAAGGAUGGUUCGUGAAGAAGCUUGGAGAAUGCAGGAAAUGGCGAGGAUUAAUCGAGAGCGUGAAAUAUUGGCACAGGAAAGAUCUGUAGUGGCUUCCAAGGACGCUGCUGUUAUGGCAUUAUUACAGAAGAUCGCCGAACAGCAAAACCUCCGCCUCCCACUGAAUAAUAUCAACAUUUCACCUCCUCCCACGGCGCCGCCACUGACGGCUCAACCAACAGCACAACGAGCACCGGCUCCGGCUCCUCCGGCGGCUCAGCCACAGAUGAUGACCUCGGUGACAAACAUGGAGAUUGUGGCGACUGAUAAUAAUAAUAGCAACAAUGGGGAGAAUAAUUUGAUGGCACCAAGCUCGUCAAGGUGGCCGAAAGUGGAGGUUGAGGCAUUGAUAAAGCUAAGAACGAGCAUGGACGAGAAGUACCAAGAGAAUGGGCCAAAAGGGCCGCUGUGGGAGGACAUCUCGGCGGCGAUGAGGCUGCUUGGGUACAACAGAAACGCCAAGAGGUGCAAGGAGAAGUGGGAGAACAUAAACAAGUACUUCAAGAAGGUGAAAGAAAGCAACAAGAAGAGGCCUGAAGAUUCCAAGACCUGUCCGUAUUUCCACCAGCUAGAUGCUCUUUACAGGGUGAAGAACAAGCUUGAGAUGAUCAAUACUCCUCCUCCGCCAUCAUCCGCAGCCGCCACCACCGUAAAUCAUAGCCUGAAUCCGGCAGAUAAUGAUAAUAUCACCACACCGUCAUCGGCGCCCCCGCUGAUGGUUCAGCCGGAGCAGCAAUGGCCUCCCCAGCAAGACACAUCAAGGGAAAACAACAACAACAACAAUGCAGGGUUGGAAGAGGAGGAGGAAGAAGAAGAAGACGACAUGGACGAAGAGAAGGAUAUUGAAGACGAAGAUGAUGAAGAAGAAGACGAGGAAGGAGGUGGCAGUUAUGAGAUAGUAGCAAGCAAGCCAGCUUCAGUGAAUGCAGCUGAGUGAGUGAGAUGAGGAAAUGAGUGUGUAACAGGAAGAGAGAGAAAGUGAGAGAGAUAGAGUGAGAGACAAAGCGCCAAAAGAAGGUAUGGAUCAAUCAAAGCGUGUGGUCUGAUCGUGGGUCAGAGAGAGUGCAGGAGUUGUCGGACGGAGAAGAUUCGGUGGCAGAAGAACGGCGGAAGAAGGUGGUGGGUGGUAGCGGGAGGGAAAUGAGGUGUGGGGUACAUUUUAAGAUGGGGAUAGAUCGAUGGAUGUUGUGGUGGUGGGUAGCAGUAUAGUCAGUCACUGAUCUAAGAUCGAUUCUAUGUUUUUAAUUUGCAAAAUUUAUUUAUUUUUUUGAUUAAAUAAUAAUAAGUUGAGGGAGAGAAAAAAAAUUUAAGAGGUUUUCAGGAUAUAUAUGACAAAUAAAAGGAAUAGGGAUGAAGAGAGACUUUAAUUUAAUCUCAAAUGCUGCAUUAUAUUUUUUUCCUCUUUAAUUUAUUAGGAUCCAUUUAAAUGUUGUGUAAAUGGCAAAACUGGUCAUAAUUUGAGAUUUGUAAUCUUCAAUUUCUCAAUUUUGCUUUGCG